UUUUUGGCCACUUAAUCCGCAACGCCCAGGCGCGAGUCAAGGCAGCCAGCGGGCAGUUCGCCAGUUCUGAUUGGAACGCCACACAGCGCGGUUUAGCGAGCGCAGCCAGCGACUGACUCCAACGACUUGAGACUCCACGAACGCAUUGUUGGCCAGGAUGCAGUGCAGCUAUUGUGUAGUGCUGCUCGCCCUGCUGGCCGUCUGCCCGAGCAGCUGCCAAGAGGACACCAGGUCCAAGCGCGGCACCAUCACCCUCGACUUUGGCCUCCUGCUGCGCAAUCUGCUGCAGAAGAGCGCCGAUCUGUCCAGCGUCAAGGCGAACAUUACUCGCAAUAUAGUCAAUGCCAAGACGACUCGACGACCCGCCAUGAUGCGAACCACCACGACGGCGGCGCCACCAGCUCCACCUACACCACCACCACCACCACCGCCGCCGCCGCCACCGCGACGCAGACCGCAUCCUUUCUUCCCGGGGCCUGGCUGGCCCAAUCCCAAUCCCUUUGCCUACCUGGAGCAGCCCAACAAUUUCAAACCGAAUCCCAACGCAUUUCUGGUCAACUAUCCAGACGAUGAUACACUGAGCCAGCGUCACAGCUUCAAUCUGAAGCCAUUCGGUUCGCUCAAUCUGGAUCUCAAUCAGCAGUCAAUCAACAGCUAUACAUCGCCAGGGUUGCCACACUCCAGUUACUACUUAAAGUAA